AUGACUUCUAUUGCUACUACGACCGAUGCACUCACGACUGCUCCCGUGAAUCAAACUGGUCUGUUGGCAAGUGCGCCUGAUAAUCUUGAUGCCAAGAUUUCGAGCGAAAUUCAUGCUUUGGAUCACGAAUCCUCCCUCGACCAUGAUGGGCUACUGAGACCUACUGAGGAAGAGAGAACUACUCUUCGCAGAGUCUCUGGUUCAAUUCCUUGGACUGCUUACAUGAUCUGUCUCGUCGAAUUUGCAGAGCGCGCAAGCUAUUAUGGUUGCCAAUUUGUGUUUUCGAACUUUGUUCAAUUUCCACUUCCGAAGGGAGGAAAUGGCGCUGGUGCAACACCCGCAGGUACACAGCAAACACCAGGUGCUUUGGGUAAAGGUCUAACUGUUUCAUCCGCGCUUAAUCUCUUGUUCAAAUUCUUAGCAUACACAAUUCCUGUCUUUGGAGGAUGGCUCGCAGAUACAAAACUAGGACGUUUCAAAACUAUCUGUAUUGGAGUGAUUGUCUUUGGAGUUGCGCAUCUUGUUUUAGUCAUUGGAGCCCUUCCUAGUGUAUUACAAGCUGGUCAUGGCAUGGCACCUUUCGUCAUUGGAAUUAUAACCUUGGCUUUCGGAGCUGGUUUGUUCAAGAGUAAUGUUUCUCCAAUGCUUCUCGACCAAGAUACACAAAAAGGACUCAUCAUUAAAACUCUACCCGAUGGCGAAAAAGUUAUUCUUGACCCAGAAGUUACUGCCCAGAAACUUGCUCUCGCUUUCUAUGGUAUGGUGAAUGUCGGAGCAUUCUUUGGUAUUGCCACAACAUAUUCUGAAAAGAAAGUUGGAUUUUGGUUGGCCUUUGGAUUACCAAUGAUUCUUUACCUCUUACUGCCAGUAUUGCUAUGGGUAAUGAAUAAGAGAUUAGUCAAGUAUCCGCCACAAGGGAGUGAUAUUGGAAAAUUCUUCAGAGUUAUUGGUACCGCAAUUAGAAGAAAUAGCUUUAAAGGGUUUGGUCGUAAAGGUUAUCUCGACGCUGCAAAACCUUCUGUACUCGCUGCACAAGUUAUUACUGGUGAUCAUAAGGGCAAACAAAUGGACUGGACCGACGCUUUUGUCGAGGAUGUCAAGAGGUCUCUGGAAGCCUGCACCAUUUUCUUGUUUUUUCCAAUCUACAACUUGAACGAUGGUGGUAUAGGAAAUAUCACAACAUCCCAAGGAUCAGCGAUGGUAACUAAUGAUGCACCUAACGAUCUUCUCAACAACUUUAAUGCUCUUACGGUUAUCUUUAUCAUACCUCUCCUUUCCUAUGGCCUUUACCCUCUUUUACGUCGUUACAAAAUCCAUUUUGGUCCUAUCAAGAGAAUAACAUUGGGUUUUCUUAUUGCCGCGGUGUCAUCUGCUAUUGGUGCAAUCACUCAAUGGAGAAUUUAUGAGACAUCUCCUUGUGGAUAUUAUGCCACUGGCUGCGAGAUAGGAACAGGCGUUGCUCCAAUUAGUAUCUGGUGGCAACUUCCUCAGUGGUCACUAGGAGGAAUAUCGGAAUGUUUCGCCAACGUCACUGCUCUUGAACUCGCAUAUUCCAGAGCUCCUGCGAAUAUGAAAGGUCUCAUUACUUCUAUGUAUUUGUUCUCGGUGGCUCUCUCUGCUGCAAUUGCACAAGCUUGUACCCCGAGUUUAGCGGACCCAUAUUUGAUUUGGCCUUAUGUUGCACCAGCGGUGGCGGGAACUUUAUUGGCAAUUUGGUUUUACUUCUUGUACAGAGAUCUGGAUAAAGAGGAAUAUGUUCGGGGAGGUGCUGCCGAGACUAUGGGUGAGGAACAAAGAGUGGAGCCAAUUAGUGGUGAUGGUAACCAAAAAGUCAGACUGGAUGAAAAGGUUUAG